CCGCGCCACGGAGUCCCAGAAGCAGCAGCAGCAGAAGCCGAGCCUCUCCGGCGGCAGCAGCAACAUGUCGGAGCCGAUCUCCGUGGGGGUGAACCUGGACGCCUUCUCUCACGCCAUUAGCGGCAUCCAGGCGCUCCGCUCCAGCGUCAGCCGCGUCUUCGAGUCGCUGAAGGACGGAAUGAAGAACCGCGAGACUCUGGAGGGCCGCGAGAAGCGGUUCAUCUCCGAGUUCCAGGACACCCUGCAGGCCGUCAACCGGGACCUGAAUGAGCUGGAGCGUCUCAGCGGCCUGGUGGGCCGUCCCUCAGAGUCCCAUCCGCUCCAUAACAGCGGGCUGCUGAGUUUGGACCCGGUUCAGGACAAAACUCCUCUCUACUCUCAGCUGCUGCAGGCCUACAAGUGGUCCAACAAGCUGCAGUACCACGCCGGGUUGGCCUCCAGUCUGCUGAACCAGCAGUCGCUGAAGCGAUCGGCCAAUCAGAUGGGAGCCUCAGCCAAGAGACGGCCCAAAGUCCAGCCCAGUACGCUGGUGCUGCCGCCCCAGUAUGUGGAUGAUGUCAUUUCCCGGGUCGGUAGGAUGUUUCCGGAUAUGACCAUCGAGCUUUUCAGACCCAACGGGACGUCAGCUGUGCUGCUGGUACGUCAGAACUGCUUACAGCCCAGGCAACGGGUGGAGGCGUCUCCAGGCCGUUGCCUGGCGUCUCCAUCUCAGCUCUCUCGUUCUCAGGUGACCCUUGGGAAGGUGCUGAAGGCGAUCGUUGUGAUGCGUUCUCUGUUCAUCGACAGAACCGUCGUCAGAGGUUUUAAUGAGAAUGUCUACAGCGAGGACGGAAAGCUGGACAUUUGGACAAAGUCUCAGUACCUGGUUUUCCAGAAAGUAACUGACCAUGCUACAACAGCCCUGCUGCACUACCAGCUGCCCCAGAUGCCCGACGUGGUCGUUCGCUCCUUCAUGACGUGGCUCCGCAGCUACAUCAAGCUGUUCCAGUCUUCGUGUCAGCGCUGUGGCCGGUUCCUGCAGGACGGUCUGCCUCCAACGUGGAGGGACUUUAGGACCCUGGAGGCGUUCCAUGACACCUGCCGUCUGUAAACAGUCGAUGUUUACUUCCUGUUUGUAAAUAAAGUUUGGAGUUUUUUUCA